AUGGCGGUCCAUUCCCGACCUGUAGGGGAUCCUUCUGGCGUCGCUACGGACCCUGAGGAGUGCAGUGGAGAUGAGGACGUCUGUACACUCAUACAAAUGCAGGGCUCUAUGAUCAGGGCACUACAUGAGGACGUCGGAGAGAAGGCCAGAACCGAGGAACGUCUCAUCUCGAUGUAG